UUGCUUUUUUGCUAAACACUAACAAAGAUAGCAGGAAAAUUUAGUCAUUAACAAAAAAAAUUGUUUUCUGUGCUUAUUCCACGCACAGGACGUGGAAAUCAUAAGAAUCAAAUUAAAAAAUUAAAAUUCCAAUCGGUUGCCGUGUGAGAAAAUCGAAGAGUUGGGAAAAUGGGUGUGCUAGAGUGGAAGAUGUGUAAUUUCUUCAAGCUGGAAGUCUUGAAUGUCCACAGCAAAUAUGUAAACAUACGUGACACCAUUACAGCCCAUUGCAGCAACAUGCAGUACAAGAUAUUUUGUACUGUCGAUGGUCUCGUGUAUGUCUUCUUGGGCGACUGGGAGUGUAUAACAUUUCAGGCUUCCAAUAAUGCCAUUAAUCACUGUUGUAUCACCGACGACUCGGAUUUGUUGACCAUACAUGAGGAGAUAUCGCCCACAGAAAGUGCGCUGAAAGUCUAUAGUGUUUCCAAGUUGUUGAAAAGACGUCCUGCUGUGCCGGUUAGUUGUGCCACCUUGGCAAGACACUGUAAAAUUUCGGUAUUGAAAUCAUACUAUAUGGACAACCAAUUGUAUUUGGCAGCUGGUCUGGAAAAGGGCCACAUAUUGUUGUACAAAACAAUUAUAUCCCGGGACAUCUCGUCCAAUUGUAAAACCCUGCAAGUAUGUGUAAAGCCCAUAAAGGGCAUUGAAUUUCUGCGCAAGGACCGCAGUGGGGAGUUGAACAUGUUUGUUUGUUCUGAUGCUGGCGUAUUUUGUUAUACCAUUCUGGCCAAUGGCAAUUACAAUGAAUCCAAAAUGGUCAUUGAUGACAUGGUUGCACCCAUCAGUUGCUGUGCUUUAAAACCGCCAAGAGAUCCAAAUGCUGAACGUUAUUUUGUGGUGGCCCGGGAAGAUGCCCUCUAUUGUUACACCAUAGAGGGCCGAGGUCCUUGUUUUGCCAUUAACGGCUCUAAACAGAUUGUUCGAUGGUUUGGUAAACAUUUAAUUGUGGUAAAGGCCAACAAUGUCCAGGUGAAUUCCAGUCGAAGAACUAGCCAGUUGGUCAUCAUUAAUAUUGAGAAUAAUAUGAUGGUACUUAAUGAAGAACUUGCAGAGAUUGAGUGCAUUUUUCCGACCUCAGAUUUCGAUAAUUGUUUAAUUUUCACCAAAGAUGGUGUGAUCUAUACGCUACGCGAUCAGGAGCUGAGAUAUAAACUGCAGUUGCUGUACAACAAAAAUCUCUAUGAUAUUGCUUUGAAAUUGGUCGAAGGCCAGGUUAUGUAUCCCGAUUUGGUGGCCAAUGUGUUUUUAAAUUAUGGUGAUCAUCUGCUACAAAAAGGUGAUAUCGGCGAAUCGGUAAACAUGUAUAUUAAAACUAUUGGCCAAGUGCCACCCUUUCGGGUGAUAAGUAAACUGCUAAAUUUCCGAUAUAAUGAAUUUUUAAUUCAAUAUUUAAGAAGCUUGAUGCAAACAGAAGUGGCGUCCCAGGAAUAUUUCGAUUUAUUGAGAAAUUGUGAUCGCCGUCUGGAAUUGCCUGGAGAUAUGAAUAAAAUUUUCCAAAAUGGUGGACACAUGGGUAUGUUUGAUUCCAUUUGCCGUGAAAAAGAUAUACGUAAAUUUUUCUCAGAAUUAAGCGAUGAUAAGGCCAUUGAAGUUUUUGCCGAAUAUGGAAAUUGGCUAGUGAGGCAUUAUUCCUCGGAUAUAAAGGAAGUUAUCAAACACAUUUUGUCCCAAAAAUUGGAUGUUCAAGUCUCAAUUGAAAUUUUCAUUAAAAUUAUUCUACCCCUGCUGCUGAGCCAAAAAGAUUUAGUUUUACAGGUAUUGGACACUUUAGAUUUGGAAUAUCGCCAAAAUGCAGCCAUAAACAUAAUAUGGGCAGAAAUCCUUUUACAAAAAUGGAAAUCUUCGGGCAUGGAUGCAACCACACUCAUGGACACCAUCAAGGAGCAUGGUUUACACUUGAGUCUCAAUGAUCUUUUCAUCAUUUGUCGCAGCCAUAAAUAUCUGCCCGGCAUUAAGUUAAUGUAUGAAACAUUUGGUUUGAAUGCCCUGAAUUUUAGUAGCUUUUUGAAGUGUUGUUUUGAUUUACCCAUGGAUACCAGUGCCAUUGAUUUGGAUACCAACAAGUAUUCUCUGAUGUGGAUGCAAACCCUGAGCAAAGAUAAUCUGCAAUCUGCCCAAUCUUCGGCCUUUGUUAAAUAUAUUCUAAGUAAAACUCUGCACUGUAACACGCAAUACACACUGACAAUUCUCCAAAAGAUUUCCGCAAAUACCCAUUUCAAUUUAUCGCACUUGAAUAAGGCCUUGCCCAAGGAUAUUUUCCUCAAACAAUUGGCAUUUGAAAAUUUCCAGGAUGUCAUGGCGGCCGAUAAGAAACUUAAACAAAUUAAAUCAUUGCUCUCUGACUAUCAGGAAAAACCCAUGGAAUUUCGUAAUAGUAAAUGUGAUAUUUGCAAGCAACUACUGAAACCUCCGGCGAUAUAUUAUCUCUGCCAGCAUGCAUAUCACAGGGAAUGUUUGUCCUCCUAUUCGGAAAUCAGUGGAUGUUUGGUGUGUUUGAGCAUUUCACAAAAGUAUUCUGAUACAAAAUCCCCGGAUUUAGUUGUGGCCAGGAAUGAGACAGGCUCCACAACACCCUUACAACAUAUUUCCGAAAAACUAUGCCUGGGCGUGUUCGCACACAAACGUCCAAAUCUUCAAAACACAAAUAAAUUUCAACAAAUACAAAGUAUUAAACCAUUGAUCAAUGAUUUUGGAAAAUCGAAAAUUAUGGAAAUACAAAUGAAAGCCACGAAUAAUCCAUUUGAAAAUCCAACGCCACCAAAGAGUCAACAAUUUAAAGUAGUAUCCUCCUCGAAAUCAACAAAUCCCUUUGAUGAUGAAACUGAUGAAGCAACACCUGCAAAUCAAUAUGAUUCUAAUUUAAAUCCUUUUGAAGAAUAAGACAUCAAAAUAUAUGCAUUCCUAGCUAUAUAUAUUCGGCUUACAAAACUUGAUUUGUAUUCAAAAUAUCUAUUUUUCUGCUCUAUCACAGUUGCUUUGGCAUUAAUUUUUCAAUAUUUUACGAAAAGCAUUUAUGUGAAUCGGAGAAAGUGGCUAUCCAAAAUGCCAUAUUGAUACUAAAUUAUAAGAUUAUAAGUUAUUAAUUUCAUUUUGUUAAACAAUAAUAAAUAUAAGUAAAAAUAAAAAAAAUAAUAAAAAAUUAAAAUAUUAGGUAUCCCUUUCAUUUGAAUGUUUUGAAAAUGUUGAUAGGCAUAUAUGGUAGAUUUUAAGAUAUGGACCUGACAUAUUUGGGUAAUAUGGACGUAGAAAACAGUUUACCAUAGUGGUGAAGUUUGAAGUUUUGUACGCUUCGUCGAAUUUUAGGCAACGCUGUUUGUUCAUGCGAAAGUUUGAUGAUCUGGUCACCCUAAUUCAAAAGUUAAGUUUCGCGCGCACUCGUAAGUUGUGCUUGUGCUGUAGCGCUCAAUCACUCAAUAUGUCCGUUUGUGUCCUCUCUGUGGUUUUUCGAUUUUCCUUUGUUCCAAAUAAAAUCACUUGUUACCUUAACGUCAA